AUGAAUAAAAUUCCGCAAAUUUUAUGUUUACAAUUCUUCAUUUUCAACUUAAAAAAAUCGACAUUGCUAAUCCCAUUGCCGUCCAAAAAGACAAGACGAGUCAUGCAGGCUGCAAUACUGCAGAAGAAUCAAAUUCAGCGCAACUCAAUUUUUCCGUUGGAUUUUCAAUCUGCACAUGGCAGUGAAGUGUCGACUAAAUGGAUUGAAAUUUAG